CCGCAAAAACAGUAAACCAGGUUUUUUCACAAACCCUCUCUUUUCCUCCAUUAUUAUUAAUCUUCUCUUACUCUUCAUAACACUAAUAAUUAGUAAUAAUUAGUAAUAAUUAGCUAUGAUAACUUAAAACCCCAUUCCAUUUUCUCAUUUUUUUUUUUUUACAGAAUUGGCCACAAAAACUCAGUUUUCAUAGUGAAUUCGAAGAAAAAGUGGUUUAUUACUGCAAUUUUUGACUCUUUUUGUGUUGAAGAAAUGGAGAAUUCACCUAAUUCUGAUGAUUCAAAAAAAGUACAAAUUUCAAGUGAUAGAAGAACUCGAUCUCAAACACUUGCUGUUCGAAAAGAACCCAAAAAAACCCUAAGUUUGUUCUUGAAAAAAAACAAAGUAUAUGGAAAAAAUCAUGUGAAAAAAAGUAAAAAGAGGAAAAGGUUAAAGAAUAGUAGUAAUUUGGGUGUUGUUGUUGCUAAAAGGAGAAAAGUUUAUGAUGAAGAGAAGGAGAAAAGCGAAGAUUUGGAGAUUGGCGAUUUUUAUGUUAAACCAAAGAAGCGUUACAACCCAAGGGUUGGGGCACACACUAAUGUUGAUAUCGUUAACUUGUUAAAUGAGAAGUUGGACGCUAAGCAGAUUCAGAUGUUCAGGGAAACCUGCUUCGGGCAUUUUCUUGAUUUGCCCCAUGUAGUGGUUCAGCAUCAGUUGAUACACCACCUAUUGCUGAAGGAGGUGGUUGAGGAGGAAGAGGAUGCGUUGUGGAUAUCAAUUAAAGAUGUCAGUCUGCGUUUUGGGCUUGUUGAGUUUGGUCUUAUCACCGGGUUAAAGUGUACUGGCGAUGCUGAUAAAUGCUAUGAUUCCGAUGGAGCAGGCCGGUUAGUUGAUACGUACUUUUCUGACUUUUCGGAGCUUACCAGGGUACCUAAGCAAUCCUUAAUUGACUGCUUCCUUAAAAAGAGAUGGAAAUCUGAUGAGGAUGCAGUCAAGAUUGCUGUCCUAUAUUUCAUACACACAUUUUUGUUCUCCACUGUGAAUCGUAAACAGAUCUCGAGGGAUGAAAUUGAGCUUGUUGAGAGCGGUGCGUAUGAAACGUAUCCUUGGGGGAAAGUUGUCUUUAAAGCCACGCUGGAGUCUAUGAAGGGUAAGUUGCAGGGGAAGCCUUCGAUGUACAGGCUUGGUGGAUUACCAUUGGCAUUCCAGUGUUGGUUUUAUGAGUGUUGCCCUUAUGUUAAUAAUAAGAUUGCUUUCCGAAUUGAUGACAAAGUGCCCCGCAUACUUAGUUGGAAAGUUACAAAGCAGCCAAGUUUUAAGGAAUUGUCGCGUGGGAUUUUCAAUAAGAGGCGGGAUGAUCAGUUGAAGCUGAGGAAUAUAUCUCCAACAGAAUUUGAGAAAACAACACUUGGUUUGCCCGAAUCAGUUGAAAUUGAGAGGGUUAACGAGGUAGCAUCUGGAGAUGGUGCUGAAGUUCAUAUUAGUGAUGAAGACGUUAUCAGUGCACUUCCUCUAGCAAGUUGGAAGCUGCCUAAAACCAAACCUGACCCCCCCUUGAAAAAUGUUAACUGGAGGACCGAGUUCAAAAGACUGUCGGACGGACAGUCGGAGUUGAAGAGUGAGAUUCAGAUGCUCAACAAGGAGUUUGCAUCGCUCAAGGACUGCAUGACGGCAUCCUUUGCAAAUAUUUUUAAAGCCAUCGAGUCUCUGUCGAAGAAACAAGGAGAAAAGACUGCUUACGAGUUUGAACAGCUUGAUGAAGGAAAUGACCCCCAUGACAGACAUGGCGAUAGCGAUUCUAGUGAGUUCAGUGCUAGUGAAGGGCAAGAGAAUGGCAAGGACUCUAUGGGUGACAAGGACAAUAAUGAGAAAGCGAAUGAAGGUGCUAUGGGUGAUGUGGAGAAAGCGAAUGAAGGUGCUAUGGGUGAUGUUGAUAAAGCGAAUGAAGUUGCUAUGGGUGAUGUUGAUAAAGCGAAUGAAGAUAAAGCGAAUGAAGUUGCUAUGGGUGAUGUUGAUAAAGCGAAUGAAGGUGCUAUGGGUGAUGUUGAGAAAGCGAAUGAAGUUGCUAUGGGUGACAAGGAAAAUAAUGAGAAAGCGAAUGAAGGUGCUAUGGGUGAUGUUGAGGAAGCGAAUGAAGGUGCUAGGGAUGAUGUCGAGAAAGCGAAUGAAGUUGCUAUGGGUGAUGUUGAGAAAGCGAAUGAAGGUGCUAUGGGUGAUGUUGAGAAAGCGAAUGAAGUUGCUAUGGGUGACAGGGAAAAUAAUGAAAAAGCAAAUGAAGGUGCUAUGGGUGAUGUUGAGGACGUGAAUGAAGGUGCUAGGGAUGAUGUCGAGAAAGCGAAUGACGUUGCUAUGGGUGAUGUUGAGAAAGCGAAUGAAGGUACUAUGGGUGAUGUUGAGAAAACGAAUGAAGUUGCUAUGGGUGACAAGGAAAAUAAUGAGAAAGAGAAUGAAGGUGCUAUGGGUGAUGUUGAGAAAGCGAAUGAAGGUGCUAGGGAUGAUGUUGAGAAAGCGAAUGGCGUUGCUAUGGGUGAUGUGGAGAAAGCGAAUGAAGGUGCUAUGGGUGACCAGGAAAAUAAUGAGAAAGCGAAUGAAGGUGCUAUGGGUGAUGUUGAGAAAGCGAAUGAAGGUGCUAUGGGUGAUGUCGAGAAAGCGAAUGAAGGUGCUAGGCAUGAUGUUGAGAAAGCGAAUGAAGGUGCUAUGGGUGACAUGAGCAAUAAUGAGAAAGCGAAUGAAGGUGCUAUGGGUGAUGUUGAGAAAGCGAAUGAAGGUGCUACCGGUGAUGUUGAGGUGGGGGAGACACCUGGAGAUCCUGUGGAGGAGGUCGAAAGGAUGGACGUAUCCAAGUCUCAGAUUCUUCCAGAUACAUGUGAGGUGUCAGAUCACAUCACACCGGAACAGUUGACAAAACCAAGCCAUCCCGAACCAGUUCCUGAAAACCAAGGUGACACCGGUGUUGAAGAUUCUUCCAAGAGGUCGAGCAAUAUUGUUGAUAAUGUUGAUUAUAGUUUGUUGACCGAGUUUGAUAAGUGGGUUGGUGAAGGGAUGAAGAAACAAAGCUAGUACAGAUAUGACUCUUUCACUUUUUGCUACCUAUGAAGCAUCGAGAGGGAGGAAUUAGUAUUUUGUGGUGGCUUUUCUGUUAUUCUGUUAUUAUUUAUGCAUCCUUCUUAUUGCUGUUGACGCUGUUAAGAACCUUCUUUGCUUUAUCGUAGGAAGAAAAGGUCGAAAAAGUGUAUUAUGUUAGGUGAACCUAUGAUGAUAAUCUCGUUUUGACAAAAUGUAGAGCUAACAUUUCCCUCCCUGACAAAGGUUCCUCCAGUAUUAAGGCUACCAAACAGGAGACUUGGUUACUAAAUUCAUUUGUGAUUAAAGUGCAGUUUGAGUUUGUAGUUCU